AUCACGUGGGACUUGCAUUGAUGUUCACAAAUUUACAAUACAGAACCUCUUGGUGCCUAUAUAAAGAUUCCAUGCUCCCCAGCUCACUCCAUCUACUCUCUCUCCCUCUCACACACACAAACGCGCGCCCACACAAAAAGAGAGUGAGAGAGAUAGAGAAAGCCACAACAAUGGAUGCCAUUGAAGUCCAAUAUCCGAUGAACGGUGGUCAGGGCCCAAAUAGCUAUGUUCAGAAUUCCAGCUAUCAGAAAGGAGUGGUAGAUGCAGCAAGGGAUGUGAUCUUUCAAGUAGUUGCAGAGAAGCUCGACCUAGGAAACCCUUGUUUUGAUUCUUCAAACCCAUUUCGGAUUGCAGACCUUGGCUGUUCUACAGGACCAAACACCUUCUUUGCAAUGCAAAACGUAGUCGAAGCAGUGAAACUCAAAUACCAGUCCCUCCCUCAAACCUCCCCGGAGUUCCAUGUUUUCUUCAAUGACCACACAGACAAUGACUUCAACGUUCUCUUCAGAUCCCUCCCUCAUAACACCGGGGCAUCUCCGGGUUACUUCGCUGCUGGAGUGCCCGGUUCCUUUUACGGCCGGUUGUUUCCAAAGAACACUCUCCAUUUUCUUCACUCCUCCUAUGCCCUGCAGUGGCUCUCCAAGGUUCCCAAGGAAGUCCUAGAUAGAGACUCUCCUGCUUGGAACAAAGGCAAAAUUCACUACACAGGCAGUGAUGAGCAUGUGACCAAGGCAUUUUUUGGCCAGUUUCAGAAAGACAUGGAUGGGUUCUUGAAAGCUCGAGCCCAGGAAAUGGUUGGGGGAGGCUUGAUGCUGAUUCAGUUGCCUGGUAUUAGGAAUGGAGGCCUUUUCUCUCAGACUGGUGCUGGUAUGAUCCAUUUCAUCUUGGGAUCUUGCCUCGUUGAGAUGGCUAAAAUGGGGUAUACAAGUGAAGAAAAAGUGGACACCUACAACGUGCCUCAGUACCAUCCAUCAAUUGAGGAUCUGGAAAUGGUGGUAGACAUGAACAAGUGUUUUACCAUAGAGAAGGCGGGCGUGUUGGACCAUCCCAUGAAGCAUUUGCCAUUUGAUCCCAAAAUGACUUCAGCACAAGAACGAGCAAUAAUGGAGGGGAGCAUAACGAAACAUUUUGGAAAUGAAAUUAUGGACCCCUUGUUCGAUCUCUAUACGCAGAAACUAGCCGAAAAUUCAUACAUCUUCGACAAGGAAGUCCAUAAGGAUGUUGACUUAUUCAUCGUUCUAAAACGCAAAGAAGAAUUAUUUUGAGAGCACGGAGGGCUCGAAGCCUCUCCAGUCUUCAGAUUCAACAAGUGGGAUCCAAAUGAGGAAUUUUCGGCUUCUCCAUUCGGUUGUUCGGUUCGUUUCUUUUAUCAUUUUCUAAACCCAUAAGUAAUAAGAAGCUUCUGCAUAUCCUAGAGCAAUGGGGUUGUUAUAUAUGUUCCUAUUCGUCAUUUCUUUUCUUUUUCUGUUGGAUCCUAUCCUAUUGUUAUGGUGUUUCAUAAAAUAAAAUAAAAUAAAAAAUAAAAAAUAAAAAAUAAACCAUAAAAUGAAAAAGAUGUGCCUUUUGUGUUAUGUUAUGCUCCCAAUGAGUAAUGUAUUGUUCCAUUUUUCGUUAGCUUCAAAGUUUAUUAUAUGAAUUUGUGAUUUCUUUUGGGAUUUA